GUUCGACUGGAGAGAGAGGAGAACCGAACAGGCGAACUAUGGAAGCUCGAGGAGCCCAGCUCCAUCGAACUCACACUCACACCUUAGUUCGAGCARAUAAUGGCAAACGAGGCAAAUCAAAACACUUCUGGAUUUGGUACUAAGAAUAAGGCCCAAUCAAAAGAUCCAGCAUGGAAGUAUGCUUGUUGGCAUGAUUUAGAGGACAAAAAUGUGAUUACAUGUUCGUUGUGUGGAAAGAUUGUCAAAGGAUGAAUUAAAAGAGUAAAACAACAUUUAAUUGGAGGAUUUGGGGAUGUUACCAAGUGUUCAAAAACCACAAUGAGUAUUGCAAAGGAGAUGCAAGAAUACAUGUGUAAAAAUAAGAGGAAUAAGCCGUUAAGUGAUUUUGUAGUGGAGGAUAGUUAUGGGCCAUGGGAGCAAAUGGUUUGUGAGAGAGAAUCUCACCAUGAAAGUAACCAACCUAUGGAAGUAGGUGGCUCCAUUUCAAUUGGUAGGAGUUCCUAACCACCAUUAAACCCCAUGUUUUCACAAAAAAAGAAAGAAAAUGUUAGAGGACUCAUGGAUGCUUUUGUGAGGCCAAUUCCAAAAGAAGUGGUAGAGGCAAGGCAUAAGGGGAAAAUUGGGCAACUGGUGCAAACAAGCAUAGAAAGCCGGUUGAAAAAGGAAGAAAGGAAAAUGGUGAAUGAAUAUGUUGCAAAAUGGUUUUGUCAAGCCGGAAUACCCUUCAACACAGUAAAGUUGAAGAGUUUUGAGAUUAUAGUAGAAGCAAUUGCACAGUUUGGGUCUGGGUACAAACCUCCAAGUUACCAUGAGUUGAGAGAGCCACUCUUGAAAGGGGAGGUUGAGAGAACAAAAUUGCUUUACAAGGAGUAUGAGGCCUCUUGGAGAACUUAUGGCUGCACUAUUAUGUCUGAUGGAUGGACAGAUAAGAGGCAAAGAAGUUUGAUAAACUUUUUGGUGAAUUCUCCUGAAGGUACUUUCUUCCUGAAAUCAGUUGAUGCCUCCAAUGAAAUCCACAAUGCAACUUAUUUGUAUGAGUUGAUUGAUAAGGUCGUUGAGGAAAUAAGAAAAGAACAUGUGGUGCAAGUGGUUACUGAUAACCACUUUGCUUAUAUUGCUGUAAGAGACCUUUUGAAGAUAAAGAGAAAGAAUUUAUUUUGUACACCUCACGCUGCUCAUUGUUUGGACCUCAUGUUGGAGGAUAUUGGAGGAUUGAAGUCUAUCAAGAAUGAAUUACAUUGCCAAGGAAAGACAUGUGAUGGCCUUUAUCUGCAGACAUCCUCUUCUCCUUGCUUAUAUGAGGGGGAAAACACAGGGGAGGGAUCUUAUUAGAUGUGUUGUUACAAGGUUUGCCACAUCAUUUCUUACUUUGCAAAGCUUGUUCACUUUCAAAGAGCCAUUGUGUUCUUUAUUUGUUAGUGAUGUGUGGAGUAUAAGUAAAUGGGCAAACAAACCAGAGGGUUUAAGAGUCUCAAGCACUAUUCUUUCAGUAACAUUUUGGAAAAAUGUAAGGAUUGCCCUCUUAGCUUCCCAACCAAUUAUGGAGGUCUUAUGGUUGGUUGAUGGGGAUGAAAAUCAUGCAAUGGGGUACUUCUAUUUUGCAAUGGAACGGGUAAGGGAAAAGAUCAAAACAAAUUUUGGUGAGAAAGAAAGAGAAUAUAAGCCCAUUUUGGAAAUUUUUGACAAGCAUUGGAAUAACUUGAUGCAACAUCCUUUGCAUCUUGGUGGUUUCUUCCUCAAUCCAGCCCUCCUUUAUAAAGCAAAAGCUGAAGAUGAAGCAUCAAUUGGGAAGUUUGAAUUGGGCUUUAUAGAUUGUAUUGAGAGGAUGGUGAGUGACGUUGAAAUUCAAGAUAAGAUCUCCCAUCAAAUGGAAGAAUAUAAGCAUGCCCGUGGUGCAUUUUAUAAGGAAAUGGCAAUUAGACAACGGGAAACAAAACAACCAGUUGAUUGGUGGCAUACUUAUGGACAUUGCACACCAAACCUUAGGCGUAUUGCAUUAUACAUAUUAGGUCUUACGUGCACAUCUUCUGCCUGCGAGCGUAACUGGAGCACCUUUGAGCAUAUUCAUACCAAAAAGAGGAACAGACAUGAUCAAAAGAGGCUUAACGAUCUUGUCUUUGUUCAAUAUAAUCAAUGUCUUCGUGAGAGGUUCUUAACAAGAUGUGCAAAUCCAUGGCAAUUUGAUCCCAUUUGCUUCGAUGAUGUUGAUGAGAGUAGUGAAUGGUUGACUGGAAGAGACCCAUCAAAUGAGCUCAUUCAUGAAGGUGGUGAUCUCACAUGGAAUGAAGUGGAUGAAGCAAUAGGAGCAACUGAAGCUGUUGAGGGUGCAAAUAGGCCAUGGAGAAGUGCAUAUAUGGUGUAUACACGUACAAAUAGAAGCGGAGGUAGAGGUGGUCAUGGAAGAGGCGAUGGUAGGGGACAAGACAAAGGAAAGAGUGUUGUGCAAGAAGAAGAAGAUGAAGACUCAAUGUGGGAUAGAAACAUUAAGGAUAAUGAAGAUGAAGAUGAAGAUGAAGUUGGAGAGCUUGAUGGGGAAGAUGAAGACGAUGUGGAUGCGGAUGAUGUUGAUUGUGUUGUUAUUUAUUGGAGGGGUUGCGGGCUCUUAUUACCUAAAUACUGAAAUUAGCUAGAUAUUUUUCUUUAUCGAUCAUCUAUAAACUUCAUGUUUUGUUAAUUGUUAUCCUUAAUCCUUUUGUGGAAAUUUUGGAGAAUUGGAUAAGUGCCAUAUGUAUUUUUUGUUAUGGUUUUAUUCAUUGCUUGAUUUG